GAAGAACGGGAUAUAAAUCAAAUAAUAAUAAUAAUCUUAUGGAAGCAAAUUCCAUAAAUUAAUUUAAUUAAAGUUAUUUCUUUUGCCUGCCCUGAGACUUAUGCCAAUCAAGCUACUGCACCUACACUUUUGCAGCUAAUACAUAGUUGAUAGAUCUCUCCUCCAAGAAUGCAUCUCAUCUUUAUCAAAGUUGUCUAAGUGAGUGAUCUCUUGUAGUAGAAUGUGUGUGUGUGUGUGUGUGUGUGUGUGUAAAUAAGUGAAUGAUGAUUCUGAGAGAGAUUUAAGCCUGUUUCUUAAAAAGUAACAUAACUGAGAUUUCAGAUGGAUGCUGGCAGUCAAGGGGACAGAUUUGUCAAAGGAAGAAAUCUUAAGAAGUGUGGCAUAUGGAAGAUAGUUUUGUAAAAACUAAGGAAGACGAAAUAGUAAUUAGCUGUUAAUGUUCAGAUUAAGUCUAUGGGAUAUUGAGAGCAUUAAAUCUGUAGAUUCAGAAGUUUUCUCCUCCUUCUAUGCUUUAAUUUGGAUUCCUGCAUUGAGCAGGGGGUUGGACUCGAUGGCCUUAUAGGCCCCUUCCAACUCUACGAUUCUGUGAUUCUAAUAUCCUCAGAUUUGGUUGUUCUUUCCUAUAAAGUAAGGGCAGCUACUCUUUUUUCACCUGAAGGCUGCACUGAAUUUGAGGGCUACAUAGUCCUAGGUUUGCACUGAGUCGGACCACCAAAGAAAGAUGAAAAAAUCCCCAAAUGCUGAGAAAAAAAUAUUACUUGGGAAAGCCCAACACAUUUCAGCCUCUAUAUUGGGCCUUCGUCAGGGGAUAAAAUAGUCUGUAGAGAUCUCUAAUAGCAAAAAUGCAUACAUUUGCCAUUAAAUAUUUUACUCUUUGUGUUUCUUCGGACGCUGAGCGUUUUUUGUCUCCAGUUAUACUGAGUUGGGCCAUUGGUCCAUCUAGCUCAGUAGUGUCUACACUGACUGGCAACGGCUCUCCAGGAUUUCAGGCAGGGAAUGUUCUCAGCCCUACUGGAGAUGACGGGACCUUCUGCGGGUAAGGUGGAUGUUCACCACGGAGCUACGGCCCUUCCCUAUGCCAGUGGUGGGUAUGGUCAAUAUAUACAUGCAUGUGCACUACACAUACAGACCAUACACUCACAUGCACACUCACCAGACAUGCAGUCUCACGGACACUCUUACAGACACUCUCACAAAAAUGCAGAGGCACACACACACACAAAAUCAGCAUUUCCGGCCUUCCUGACCCCGAUGCUUGUGUGGGAGAAAAUAAGAGUAUAAGCAAAGCUCUGAUGAAUCAGCCCAAUGGCCCAUCUAUUCCAGCAUCCUGUUCUCCUAAUGCCCCAAAGGGAAGCCCACAGCAGGACCUGAGUGCAGGAGCAUUCUCCCCUCCUUCGGUUGCCAGCAGCUGGUAUUCAGAAGCAGACUGCCUCUGCCUUUGGAGGUGUAUCAUAGAGAUGCCAUCAAGGCUGGUAGCCACGGAUAGCCUUUUCCUCAAUGAAGUUGUCUAAUCCUCUUUUAAAGCCAUCCAGGAGGCAGGGGGUAAAAAAUGGAAGAGCAGGGACUAAUGCGACCUGUUCAGAAGAAAAGACUGGAGUCCAGAAGAAAAAAUCCUCAUGCGGUCCAGGUUGGGACCACCAGGGAUCUUCCGCCUAGGGCAGAUUCUCGCCAAAUUAAGCCGGAGCCAGAGGAGGGCAUGCAGCAGCAGGGCUGGGAUGCCCAGUGGCAGGAUUUCCUGAAGACAAUGCACCCCCCUCGUUUGGGAUGGGACACCCCACAGCCUCCCAGUCCUCCCCUGUCAGGCGAUGGUGUCCUCCAGGCCUCCUUCAAGGGAGGCGCUGAUGCCAGCCGAUGGCCUGGUAGGGGAGAAGGGGUGACCCAGACCCCACCAGACUUCAGUGGGAAAGCGCAGGAGGAGGGAGGAGGCCUGAUUUCCUCUGUGAAAGUGAAGGAAGAGAUCCUGGACCAGGAGGAGGAGGAGGAAGAAGAUGCCAUCAGCUCGGAGAUGGAGCAUCAGCGCUUCAGGCAGUUCUGCUACCUGGAGGCCGAGGGCCCUCGAGAGGUCUUUGUCCGACUCCAGGAACUUUGCUCCCGGUGGCUGAAGCCAGAGAGGCGCACCAAGGAGGAGAUCCUGGAGCUGCUGGUCCUGGAGCAGUUCCUGGUUAUCCUGCCCAUGGAAAUGCAGAACUGGGUCAAGGGAUACAGGCCAGAGAGCUGCGCCCAGGCCGUGGCCCUGGCUGAGGACUUCCUGCUGCGGCUGGAGGAGGCCGAAGGGCUGCCAGAUAAGGAAUCGUGGCCUCUGGAAGGCGUGGCUGCUAAUUCCCCAAAGUUGGAGCAGGAUCCAAUGGACUCGGCAAACGUUCGUUUCUCUGCAGAUGCUGAGGAGGAGAGCGAAGAGGAGGCCAGCUUUUUGGGCAGUGACCAAGCAUAUGAGAACGGGGAGGAGUCCUUCCCCUUUGAAAGACAUCCGCAAGUGGGCAUCAGUGGAGUGUCCUUGGCAAGACUGAAUGGGAAUUUUUUCCAGGUUUGUGGGUUGGGAGAGAUGUCCGGAAGUCAACAGAACCAAGAAAGCCACCGGGAGAACUCGACGGAGAUCCAAACUUUUAUUUAUGAUGAAAGUGACAGAGGGUUACAAGGAAACAACUUUCCAGAGGGAAGCCAGAAGGUGAAGAGGAAAAGGACAGGGCCCGACUGGGGCACAGUUUUGCGUCGGAGCUUUGACUUCCCUCGGAACCAGAAGAUGCAAAAGCUGUACACGUGCACCUAUUGUGGGAAGAUCUCAAACAAUAGUGCACACAUGAUUAUACAUGAAAGGACCCACACUGGGGAGAAGCCCUACAAGUGCUCGGAAUGCGGGAAAUGCUUCAGCACCAACUGCAACCUUAUGAAACACACAAGAGUCCACACAGGUGAAAAGCCGUACAAAUGCGCCGACUGUGGCCGGAGCUUCAGCGACAAGGCCUCCCUCAUCGUACAUGAGAGAACCCACACAGGAGAAAAGCCCUACGAGUGCCCAAUGUGUGGGAAAAGUUUCACCUCCAGCUCCAACCUCAUCACGCACAAACGGGUGCACACGGGAGAGAAGCCGUACAAAUGCCCUGAGUGUGGGCAGAGCUUUGUCCACAGGCCACAGCUUGUCAUCCACAUCCGGACACACACGGGGGAGAAACCAUACGAAUGCCUGGAGUGUGGCAAAAGCUUCAAUCAGAAAGCAGACCUGAUUAUACACGGGCGAACCCACACUGGGGAGAAGCCGUAUGAAUGUGCCGAAUGUGGGAAAAGCUUCAUCUCGAGCUCUUACCUCCGGAAACACGAGAGGCUGCACACAGGGAAGAAAACCCAAGCCGGGGAAGAAACCCACAAGUGCAACUACUGCCGGAAGAGCUUCAUUAGCCGGUCCAAACUUCUCAUACAUGAAAGAACGCACACAGGAGAGAAACCAUUUGAGUGUGCUGAGUGUGGGAAAAGCUUCAGCACGAGCUCUAAUCUUGUCAAUCACAAGAGGGUGCACACGGGAGAGAAGCCUUAUCAGUGCUUGGAUUGUGGGCAGAAGUUCAGCACGAACUCUAACCUUGUCAAUCACAGGAGAGUUCACACAGGAGAGAAGCCGUACGAAUGCUCAGAUUGUGGGCAGAGCUUCGGCCACAAAGCAUCCCUUAGAAGACACAAGAGAAUCCACUCUAGAGAGACAACCACAUGAGUGCUUGCACUGUGGACAGAGCACUGACGCUAGGUCUCAUCACAGGCAUGUAGGAAGUUGCCUAACGUCAAGUCAGACCGUGGGUCUGUGUAGAUUGGGAGAGGCUGUAGCUCAGUGGUACAGCACCUGCUUUGCAUGCAGAAGUUCAAUUCCUGGUGCCUUGAAAUGGCCUUCGUCUGAAACCCUGGGUCGUCGCUACCAGUCAGUGGAGACAAUACUAAGCUACAUGGACAGCUUCCUAGGUUCCUACCUCAGUAUUGGGUGCUUUCAGACAAGUGUUCAUGGUGCUCCUUAUGCAUACUUUUAUUUUUUACAGUAUCCGCAAGACUUCAUUGGCAUCCCAUACUUUCCCCCCAUUUAAUCUGGAUUUACCCUUUCCAGGAAAUACCUGGAAUUUUUUUUUAAAAAAAAGUGCUGCCAAGAACUCAUCUACAGUGGGCCUGAACAACCUGUAUAUAAUAUUAACAGCUGUCUGGAGUCGCCCAUUGUCCACACGGAACUGGCAAUGGCUCCCCAGGGUUUCAGGUAGAGAUUUGAAGGCCCAGGAAAAACAUCCUAACUGCUAGAGCCAUACGACAAUGGAACCAAUUACCUAGAGAGGUAGUGGGCUCUCCAACACUGGAGGCAUUCAAGAGGCAGCUGGACAGCCACCUGUCGGGAAUGCUUUGAUUUGGAUUCCUGCAUUGAGCAGGGGGUUGGACUUGAUGGCCUUAUAGACCCCUUCCAACUCUACUAUUUUGUGAUUC